AUGAGCGCGUUGCAGCUGGUUUCUCGGAGCCCGAGGCGCUGGGCGCGCCCUCGGCGCGCUCGCCGGCCUCCCCGGCGCCCUCGGCCGACCGCGCCCCUAAGCCCCUCCCCCCCUAUUCUAGCAGUCCAUCACCACUGA